UCCCGGGUUCGCCAUGCGCUCCGCGGCGGUCCUGGCGCUUCUGCUCUGCGCCGGGCAAGUCACUGCCCUCCCUGUGAACAGCCCGAUGCAUAAAAGGGACACCGAGGUGAUGAAGUGCAUCGUGGAGGUCAUCUCUGACACGCUCUCCAAGCCCAGCCCCAUGCCUGUGAGCCAGGAGUGCUUUGAGACACUCCGAGGAGAUGAGCGGAUCCUCUCAAUCCUGCGACACCAGAACUUGCUGAAAGAGCUCCAAGACCUUGCUUCUCCAAGGUACGUCCAGCCACCGCGCAUGCAUCUGGAAGGGACAGAGGAGACGUCCUCCAAGGAUGCAGAGAAAAGGGGGCAUUCUAAUGAGGUGGAGGAGGAUGGCGAAGACACGGACAGAUCCGGGCCCCAGGCCUCCACGGAACUUGGGCAGGAGUCCAAGGACGAGGAGGACAACCAGGCCCCCGGGGAGGAGGAGGUCGCCAACACCCACCCCCCAGCCAGCCUCCCCAGCCAGAAACACCCAGAUCCCCAGGCUGAGGGGACCAGCGAGGGCCCCUCCCAGGAUCUGGUGGACAGAGAGAAGGGCCAGGGUGCGGAGCCAGGGCAGCAGGCACGGAGAGAAGAGGAGGAUGACGAUGACGAUGAGGAGGCCGGAGAGAAGGUUAUCUCUGAAGAGGAAGGCCCCACCGAAGCAUUUGACCCCCACCCAAGCCUUGGCUACAAGGAGGUCCGGAGGGCCGAGGGUAGGAGGCCUGGAGCAGACAGGAACCAGGCCUUGCACAAUACUCCUCAGAGCAGCCUGGACCAGGAGCUGGAGAGCCUGUCAGCCAUCGAGGCGGAGCUGGAGAAGGUGGCCCAGCAGCUGCAGGCGCUGCGGCGGGGGUGA